AAAAAUGACAAUUUUUUCUGUAAGAUAGCGGAAUUUCAAUAUGCACAUAUAAUAUAAUUUGCGUUAUUAUAGGAAAAUUUGGAUUUGUAUUUGGAUUUUUUUGUGGAUCGAGCCACCGUUAACACUUAACACCCGCUGUAUUGAAUCAGACGGCAACAACUCUCUCUCUCUCCGCUGCAAUCUUUUAAUAAAAGGCCAAAGUUCUAUGCUCCUCCACUGUACCAUUUAUCCUUUCCUUUCGAUUCUUCUUCUUCCUUUGGUUAUCACCCAAUUCCAGUCCUUCCCUUUUUCUCUCUAAAACCUCGAACUCUCCAUUGCAAUGGGGUCUGACUUCCCGAAUAUCGUAAAACUCUCCUGCCCGGUGAAGAACUACGACUGGGGCAAGGUCGGGAAAGAUUCGGCUGUAGCGUCGCUGUACUCCAAGAACAGCGGUGAGGCGGCCGCCGAUGAUGCGCGAUACGCGGAGUUCUGGAUGGGGACCCACGACUCGGGGCCCUCGUACGUAGUUUUACCGGCGGAGGCAAGCGGUGGGUUGUCCAGCCCGGUGAGUUUGAAGGAUUGGAUCGAGAAAAACCCUAGCGUGCUUGGGGAUAAGGUCUUGGAAAAGUGGGGUACCAAUCUCCCUUUCCUCUUCAAGGUACUUUCUGUGGCGAAAGCACUGUCAAUUCAGGCCCAUCCAGAUAAGGGUUUAGCUGAGGUCCUGCACAAGAAGCAGCCAAGUGAGUAUAAGGACGAUAAUCACAAGCCUGAGAUGGCGUUGGCACUUACGGAGUUUGAGGCUUUGUGCGGAUUUGUCAGUCUCCAGGAACUCAAGACUGUCAUUCAGAGUGUACCAGAGAUUGUUGAAGUUGUUGGUAGUUCUUGUGCUGAUCAAGUGUUACAUACAACUCAGGAGGAUGGGGAGGAAAAAGUGAAAGAUGUCUUGCGAUCCUUAUUCAAUCAUCUCAUGUCAGCUAGCAAGUCUGUGAUAUCUGACGUAACUUCAAAAUUGAUAAGUCGGUUGAAUUUAAAAGAAAAGUUGAAGCCUGGUGAGGCUCUGUACUUGGGAGCUAAUGAACCUCAUGCAUAUCUACAAGGUGAGUGCGUAGAGUGCAUGGCAACUUCGGACAAUGUCGGUUCUCCAGAGAUACUCACUGGAAACCCUUCUUAUCCCUACACAGUGAAAUAUCUACCACCUUUUGAUGAAUUCGAGAUUGAGCUAUGCAACCUUCCUCAAGGAGCCUCCACUGUUUUCUCGCCUGUUCCGGGCCCUUCGAUUUUCAUUGUUCUGAGUGGCGAAGGCACAGUGAGUUCGGCUUCUUUAAAGGGGUUGGCUGUUGCUGAAGGUGAUGUGCUGUUUGCAUCUGCAAAUACUGAGAUAGCCACUGAAACUGUGAAAGGUUUGAAAUUAUGCAGAGCGGGCAUUAACAGCAAGUUUUUUGAGAAGUGAGGAUGCUUUUUUGAAAUAAACCGUGGGCCUAUUUUUAAUAUUUGGCAUCCGGAUUGUACUUUACCGGUGGACAUAAAAACUGAAGUAUGUAUUUGAGGUGUGGCAGGGCUGCCUUAGGGUACCCUUAUUUAAACAAAAUAAAGUGAGACUUUUAAGAGAAUGCAAGCCACUGUAUAGGUGGUGUUCAGAAU